CGGUAAAUAAGUGUCCAUGAAGGGGUGACGUCAGAGGUGGAGAUGUCAUGGCGUCGUCGGAGCUGAGACUGGAGCUUGCUAUCUAGUCAAAGGUUGUCGUCGAUGCGUUCAGCGAAAUGGAGAAGAACGCAAACCCUCAUCGAGACGCAGGAGGAAGUGUCCUGUGCACCGCUAUUCCCGCAGAACCCGCGGAUAUUAAAACAGUGGGCGGAAUGAAAGAUGCCUGCGAGAGGAGAGAGACUCUGAGUACUUGUGCAAGUGCUAGCGGUGCUAAUGCUACACCCUGUACACAGACAUCAGAUGCUGCUGAGACAGUAAGCAAAAGCGGACAACCGAACGCUUUACCAGAGACACUGUCGCCCGAUGCAGCGGAUCAGAUGAGUAACGGGAUGGUAUACGAACCGUCGAUGACCGCUGCUGGGAAUAAGGAGGGUGGCACCUCAAAGUUAGUAAACAACCUCACGGGAGAGCAACCCGACGACAAUAAUGUGCAGGCGGACGGUUUGGAUGGAGGUACGCAAGAAGCGACGAAGCUGGCCAAGUCGGCUUAUUUGUGUUCGGACAAAGCAAAAUCUGCUAACUCGAAUUCAAACGAUAACACCGUUUCCGAGGGUCCUCCGAGUGGUAGUGAGCCCAGCAUCGCAGGAGAGUCCCGCAGCUUUGAUUCACUAGAGUCCUUCUCAAAUCUGAACUCCUGCCCGAGUUCAGACCUCAACAGCGAAGGGCUGGAGGACAAGGGACUGGCUUUGGCAAGUCAGAGUGAAUACGGGGCUGAUGUAACGAAAAUCCCCUGUCCUAAAGACAGGGUGACCGGUCAGUCGUUGUACCACAUCAAGUGGAUAAAGUGGAAGGAGGAGAACACGCCUAUCAUCACACAGAAUGAGAACGGGCCGUGUCCGCUGCUAGCUAUUAUGAAUGUCCUGCUAUUGUCAUGGAAGGUCAAGCUGCCACCAAUGAUGGAGAUUAUAACGGCAGAGCAGCUGAUGGAAUAUCUAGGAGACUAUAUCCUUGAAGCAAAGCCAAAAGAGAUCUCGGAGGCUCAGCGGCUGAACUAUGAACAGAAUAUGAGUGAUGCUAUGGCUGUGCUGCAUAAACUGCAGACAGGUCUGGAUGUAAAUGUUAAGUUCACAGGUGUGCGGGUAUUCGAAUACACACCCGAGUGCAUUGUCUUUGACCUGCUGGAUAUCCCACUCUACCAUGGAUGGCUGGUUGACCCACAGAUGGCUGUUAUAGUCAAGGCAGUGGGAAACUGCAGCUAUAACCAGUUGGUAGAGAAGAUAAUCAGCUGUAAGCAGUCAGACAACAGCGAGCUGGCUGGGGAAGGUUUUGUGGCAGAGCAGUUUCUGAACAGCACAGCGACUCAGCUAACAUACCACGGCCUGUGUGAACUCACUUCUACUGUACAAGAGGGAGAACUGUGUGUCUUCUUCAGGAACAAUCACUUCAGCACCAUGACCAAAUUUAAGGCGUGUGACUACCUGAUGGCGCUGUCUCUGCAGCAGGAACAGCAGGCCUCAGACCUGGGUUGGGAACAGAUCCCAGAAGGCAUCAGUGAUCUAGAGCUGGCCAAGAAGCUGCAGGAGGAGGAGGACCGCAGAGCGUCACAGUACUAUCAGGAACAGGAACAGGAACAGGCCCAGGCAGCAGCAGCAGCGGCUGCGCAGGCACAGGGACAACAACCAGCAGUGGGUGCCGACCAGGUGGAUAGAGUGGCAGCUGCUGGAGCCUCAGCGGGGGGAGCCACGGCUUCUCCAAGCCCUGGAAAACAGCCCUCAACGGUGGAACGCAAACCCAAGAAGGAAGCCAAGGACAAAGACAAAUGCAUCUUGUUGUAACAGCAGUGGUCUCUACGUGGAGUGUGAAACGGGCAGCAGUUUAAUUCCUGUGGGUCUGCAAUGCAUCUCCCAGCCUGAGGUGGAGAAAGAAUAGACGACAGAGAUGAAGUGUGAUAGUCGGAGAGGACUUGCCAUUCUCAAGCCACUUGUGCCUGACUUUA